GCAUGAUCUGUUGCAAUUGAACACUGGCAUUGACAUUUCAGAAAAAAAAAGCGGAAGAUCCCUUCUGAUCAAAUUUUCCGGGAUGCAAUUUUAAAUCCUGUUCUAAUUCACAAUCAACGCCUUCUUCAACGGACCAGCGCGGUACUCGGACUCUGGAGCAUCGCCCACCACAGCAGGCUGUCGGCAUCCAUAACUUCUUCGGAUAGUGAUCCAAUCCGUUUACGGAGUAUACCCGAGACCAUAACGCUCGCGUUACGGCCGAUUAUUUCAUUCUGCGUUCUAGCUCAAGUUGUUGUCUAGCGCAAUUUUCAUCCUCACUCACUCCUUUGUUUUUUCCGGUUGACUGGGCUUCUUCUGCAAAAUGCCAACAGUAGAUCUCGUCGUCCCGCGUUUCGAUAACACCCUCGGUGCUUUGCUUAUAGGCUUCGCUGUCUCUGCGACUGCAUUUGGAAUGUUGACCAUUCAGGUGUUCAUCUACUAUAGGCGUUUCCCCCAGGACAAGGCUGCAUAUAAAGUUCUCGCUGCCUCAAUAUGGUUCCUUUCUCUUAUCGAUCAAGCCUUUAUUGGAUACGCCGUAUAUUAUUAUACCAUCACUAACUAUUUGAACCCACUCCCAUUGGCUGUGGGAAGACCUCAGUGGACUCUUAUAUUACAAAUGACUUUGGGAGCUGUCGUUGGCGCCGUUGUGAAGGCGUGCUUCACAAUACGAGUCUGGAGAUUCAGCUAUAGAAAUUGGUGGCUUACGGGAUUUUUGUUCUUGUUGGUCUUUUCACAACUUGGUAAGGGUAUUGUGCUAGUGUCCUUGCCGAACGUCAGACUGAUGAAAUGUGUAUCAAUGUCAGGUACAGCAAUCACAUUCACUGUAAAAUGCUUCCAGGUUCCUUCUUUCUCGUACAUGACUCGUGUGCGGUUGGUGGGAAGCUUUUCCUUGGGCAUCGGAGUCCUUACGGACAUGAGCAUAGCUGCUGCGCUGUGCUUUUACCUUCAGCGAAUGCGCUCAAGUUAUUCGGGUGCGGACUCCCUGAUUAAUAAGUUGUCAAUCUAUGCAGUGAACACCGGUAUUCUUACCAGCACUGUCAGCCUGUCGACCCUUAUUCUGUUCAACGCCAUGCCAAUGAACUUUGUGUUUAUAUGCAUGUACUUCGUUCUGAGCAAAUUGUAUGCGAUAUCAUUCCUGGCUACACUCAACACCCGAAAAAUAAUACGAGGUCGGGGCACAGACCGUGAAGGAGGAAAGUCGGCGACUUUCAGUAUCGUUACCGAAUCCAUGCGGCAGUCAGUACGGAUACCAAUGCAGGAGCCGAUGCCAACCAUUCGAGAGGAAGAUUGGCGGGACUUCAAUCGGAGGCUUGACACGAAAUUCUCAACAACAAGUUUAGUGGCACCGUAUAACUACAAUUUAGACUGGUAACAGCUUCCGAUUACUAUUCAUAACACCCCUCGUGACACCUCGGCCACCCCAAACUCUACGCACGGAUCGCGCCUUCUCAUCGAAUCUGGCUCUGCCGUUGAUCUUUUUAUCUUCAAGUGCAGCGCCUACUGCAGUACUCGUACCUGGCACCUAACGUAGACACAACCGUAACUUGGAUUUGGAAGGAAGUUGUAUACCGCCACAAUAAAAGGCAUUAGCAUGUUGUAUUUGUUUUCUCAGCGACUGGUUUAUCACUGCGAUCUUUGUGAAUGCACUAGACUUACUUUUUGGAUUGUGAAUGUACUCGAUCCCAGGCCUCGUGAU